UUCUUGAACAUAACCUAAAUAAACAAACCUUCAAAAUAACGACCGACGAUGUUGCUAAAGGUGCUCGAAACGUUCAUAGUAUAUGUAUUAGUGUGCGCUUUGGCCUUUGAUGACAUUUUCGUCGAUGGAAACGACUCGCAAGAAAUGAUCGAACAGGGCCGGGCCCAUUACCAACUUCUCAGGGAAAAAGGCAAUCUACCUCGAUACGGAACUUGCUGGAAAGGGGCUCUCGAACACGUCGAAGACGGUUGCAAGAACCUCUCCGAAGACACCCAAAGUGAUAUGGCGCUCCACAUCACCAACUGUUUUCUCGAAAUGUCGGGCCACGAAACGUACAAUUGUGAAUUGGACAAAAAACCGAACUUGCGAAGUAUUUGUAUAAACAGUAUGUCGGAUAGGGCGUUUAACGUUUAUACGGAGUUUUACACGCACGUUCAGAAUAUUUGUUGGUUUUUAAGGGGUCAAAUUUGGUAUGAAACGAUCAGUGAGAAUAGUUUUAAAGUCGGGAAACGGUUAGAAGAGUCGGCAAAAAAUCAAGAAGAGUUGUUAGAGGCCCAGAAGGAGAGUCUUGAGAUUCAGAGGAAGGUUUUAAAACAUGAGAAAAUGCUAGAGGAGGUUUUGGGCGAUUUGUACGUUUCUACGAAAGCGCAUCAGGAAAUUUUAGGUGUCUUGACCCGGAGUAUCGCGAAAUUUCAAACAUGGGUUAUUGGAGAGGUUUCAUGGUUUGAUUCGAUUUUAUUUUAUGUGAUUUCAGGGUUAUUUAUUAUUAUUUUUACGACGAUUAAGCGGACGGCAAGUGCGAGAUUGCCACUUUUGUUGAUUUUAUGCACGAAUUUAGUUAUCGAACGUUUUAUUUGUUAUAUUUUAAUAUCUGAUGAUUCGUUGGUUGAUACGAGAAUUUUAUAUGACGAUAUUUAUUCGUACGUUUGGUAUUGUCGCUACUUUUUUAUUUUUGUAUUAGUUUUUUAUUUACUUUACCAUUCUUAUAAUUACAAGGAUAUGAUGCUUGAAAAUAUUAAGUUCCUACAGAUGAUUAGCAAACAAAAUGCAAAAAUUAUAGAGAUGCUACAAAGUUUUAAUAAUAAUUUUAGAGAGCGCACUCCAAAGAGUGACAUUAAUUUUAUUAAUGAAAGUCUGCAUUGCAACGGUUUUUUAAAGAAAAGUAAUGUUGAUUUAGAUGAGAGUAGCAGUUCCACCUAUUCGGAAAGGAUUAGAGGUCGAAAAACGUAUCUCAAAAAUCAUUUAAACGUGACUGAAACUCAUAGUCGAUAUAAUUUACGUAGCAGUAAGCAAAAUACGCCUGAUUUAAAUUAGAAUCAAGUGCCUGAUUUGUAAAUAUGUAUGUAAUUGUUGACGCUUCAAUGUAUAUACCAAAGUUUAUUUUAACGCAACCAUGCUCAAAAAAUUAAUUUUACUUAACUGUAUUUAUGUGAAUAAAAAAUAAUU